AAGCGCUCAUUACCAUAGAGACUGGUGGCCAUUUUGUCAAUGGAUGAGCAAGAAACUUUCGUUUGCAAGCUUGUUUCCACUUUGGCAGGAUUUUACUUGAAGAUUUUGUAACACUCGUAAAAAGACUUUUCAUAAAAUUUGUUGUUUAUAACCAACUAUGAGUGCAAAACACCCUACUGGCUCUGCAGGUCAAGAAAUAUUGUCCAGUGGUGCAGAAACCUUACAGCCACCUGUAACAACUGAUGUUCCUAAAACUAGUCCAGAAGCACUGAACUUUCUGCUGUCACUAGUUCCUGAGGAAGAUUUCAAGUAUUUGAUGUUUGAUGAUGCACUAGUAACUGUGUCAGACACUGGCAAGGAAUUAGGAGAGUUUACUGUGACAGUGGAACCAGCAAAACAUCGAGGACAGGAGUGUUUCCUUGUCCAUGCAAAUAGCCAUGGUGCCAUUGAUGGUGUUCCAUGUGGCACAUCAAUUGUUUGUCACGUAGCUAAAAAUAUGGACACCCUAGAACAGCAUCAUCAUGAAUAUGUCAAGUUGGAAAACUGUCCUCUUGACAGAAAAACUAUCAUUACAAAGACAAAUGAGUCCUAUGUCAUCAACAGGGUUAUCACACAGGGAGAGGAUGUGCAGCGUACUUCACGGUCUGUUCCUGUGGAAGCAAUGAGGGGUUUCAUAUCUGAAGGUUCCAACUUGCUUUUGCAUCGCCUUUUCAUGGAAAAAGGGCUGCAGGAAGAGCUGCAGUUUGUAUCUUUUGAUUCAGAAACUAACCUUUGUCCUGCCAUCUAUAGAGCUUUAGAAGAACGCACACAGUCUGUGGAAGGAGUAGAGAUUCAUGUUUAUGGUGUUGAGCGGACUAUCAACUCCACUGUUGAUCUCCCAACUACAUGGCAAUCAUACUUCAUGACCGAUGGACAUCUGACAAACCGUGUUCAAAUAGGAUCACCAGUAACAAUGAAGUUAAUACAUCUACCAGCCAUGAUUGAAAGAGAUGAGGAAACUCCAAAGCCUGUGUUUGAAAAGAAACCUUUGAAUUGGGAAGAAGAUGUGCAGAUGUAUUCCAAGUUCCUGGAUAGAAAGGAGGAGCUGAAAGGGGACCAUGCAGUAUAUAUGCGACACCAUCCAGAGCUGAAGGCGCUGCUGGCAGACUUUCUGCAGUUUUUGUUGCUUCGGAAACCACAGGAUGUUAUAGCUUUUGCUGCUGAGUAUUUUAGUGCAUUCUCCCCAACUAUGCCUGAAACCACUCCGUACCUUUCCUCAGCAGCGCCGUCCCCCUUUCCUCAUAGCCAUACUAAUACACAGAUUGAGUCCCUUAGAGCUCCCACUCACUAAUCAGGGAAUUUUGGUCUCAAUAUUUUUGUUUGUCAAGGACACCAGUCUCAUACAAUGUAAAAAAGACAAACAGUCAAUAAAUUAUGUGCUUCAGGUAAUUUUGAUCCACAUACUGUCAUAAAAUCUUUUUAAUGUUAUGUUCCUGUUCAGAGGAAAAGUUUAAAUGUAAAUAAUUGUUAGAGAUCAGAGACUUUAAGACAGGAGAGGCCAGCUUGAGAUUCAGAAAGUAGUGAUAUUUAUUUUCAUGGUCUGAAAAUGCUUAUUAAAAUUAUAUUUCUCUUCAAUAUUCUUACAAGGAACACUAAAGAUGAUAACACUGGUGAAAUGGAGUUAUAAUGAGACACAUAUUACCCACAACCAAAUAAUUGGAUGAAGAACUGAAUUGGUACAUGUCAAAGAGCCUGUGUAUUAAAUGCUUAUUCAAUCAUGUCAUGUCUUUAAGAUAUAAUUAACUGAUAACAAAUCUGACCAUACCCAAAAUGUUUGUUUUCUUUUUUGAGCAGAAAUGGCCUGCAUAGCUAUCAUUCUUAUACAAGGGAAUAAAUAUCUCAUGAGAAGUACAUGAAGGUAGUUUUUGCUUGUUGAAAGUUGUAAACUGUAACAUCAUAGUUUGCAUAUUUGUGCAUAACUGUAAAUUUUGUUCAUUACAAUCCUAAACUUUUUCUCAUCCUUUGUAAGAAUCUCUGCACAUUUAAGCAAAUAUGUUCACCAAAUAUGUAAGUAAUGUAUAUUUUAGUUUAAUAAGUUUGAGAUAUAGAAAAUACUAUUGUUUGUUGGUUGUGUUAGUCAGUGGCAAAAUUGUGUCUUUCACUCAAAAACUAGCUUUUUGUUGCACCAUGUAUCUUUAAGUUUUAAAGAAUUGUUACCAUAAAAAGCAGUGGGGUUGUCUGUAUUGUAUUUCAAUAAAAUAUGGUAAAGAUUGCUCACUAAGGACAUUUACACCAUAUGGUGUUGUUAUGCUCUCAGUAUUACUGGAUAUAAGGGCUGGCUGGGGAAAUAAAGUAUUUUGUUUUCUAAAGAACAAAUUGUUAUAUAUUGAAAGGAUUGAGUAUUUUGGUAGAACCAGUCUUGACAUCAUGCCAAAAUCUUAUUGCCCUUGUGUCAGUGACAUUAAUGUUUCACACUCUAAUAUAAAUUGUGAACAUUACAUAAAAAAUAUAUGUUUAUAAACAACAUUGUUGCUGUUUUACCUUCAACUUUUAUAGUGCAAAUCACUUUUUUCAGAAAAGAAUUUUCAAGAACAGUUGUACUACUUUUACCCCAUUGUUAUUGAAGAAUCUUAAUGUAUUUAAAAGAUAAGUUUUUAUUACUAUGACUAUAGCAGACAUUACUUGUUCACACAAUAAAAGAGAACGUUUUUCGUUUUAAAGUGUAAUAAAAAUUGAAGGAGUAUUUUUGUCUGAGGUUUAAUCAGGAGCUUUGAUUGGCAUCCUUUCAGAUCCUUUGUAUGCAUUUUCUGCGUCUUUCAGGAUCAGAAUGUAGCACUAGUGGGUAAUAAACUGAGUCAAUAAAUACAUUGUGCUACUUA